ACCAGUUUGGAAAACUGGAAAGGUGGUGUUGAGAAGAGCUUGAGACAGACCCAGUUUCCCCUGUUUUUACCAGCCCCAAAUCCCGGGCAGCCUCUCCUUGUCUCCCCAUCAGCUGAUCUGGACUGCUGGAUUUGGAUCCCUUCGAGGGUUUUGCUGAGAUCCCGAAUCGUGAUCCUGCAAACCCGAGCUGAGACUUGUGCCCGACCUUGCUGAGCACGCCAGCAGCCAUGCAACCUUGGGCGCUUUUCCCGAUCGUGGCUUGCGGGCUCCUGAUGCUGUGCCCCCAGGGCUCCCCCACCAGCAUGGGCCACCCUUUGCCCAAACCCAUCCAAGGCGGAUACACCCCUCACCCCUUGGGGAGCCAUAUCCCGAUAUCCGGGCAGGAGAGGGCCUCCCCUCCGGAGUACGACGACUACGACUACGAUUAUUACGACAGCCUUCAGGCGACCGAUCGCCCCCCCCAUGGCUCCCCACAGCCGCUGCCCAUUUGCGCCUACGACCGCUGCAGACACCUCCAAGUGCCCUGCUUCGAACUGAACCGGGUCAGCCCAUGUCUGUGUCCCGGGGUCACUGGCCCGGACGUGGCCCCAGCCGCCCCCCGCCUGCGGGCGGUCCACGUGAGCGAGACCAGAGCCAGCUUCCACUGGUGCGCCCCCUCAUCCACGGUUCAGGAGUACCGCCUGAAGUACCAGGCCAUCGGGCAGGACUUCAUUUGGGGGCCGCCUCUGAACGGCUCCUUCCGCUUCACGGUGGCUUCCCAGCUCGUCCCCAGCACCGAAUAUCUUUUCUGCGUCGUGGCGUCCAACGGAGCCGGUUCCAGCCCGACGGACGACGGCGUCCAGGACCACGGCCCUUGCCGGCUGGUCCGGACCCCCGCUCACCAGAUGACCUACAUCUACAUAGCGGCAGGUCUGGCCUCGGCUCUGAUCCUCGUGGCCGUUUCAGCCUUGCUAUGGCAUUUCUGCUUCCGCAAAGCCAAACCCGUUCAGCACGGGUCCUUGGAUAACAUCCUGGACGGAGAGCUGAGUUCGGGACAAUCCGGGACCGCCAACAGCUCUUUCCGGACGGAGGAACGGCUGUGAUGGGGUCUCCCCGGCCUUCACUCUCCCAAUUUCUACUCGUUUUCUGUCGGACGUUCACGGACGAUCUCUUGAUUGGGGGGUGACGCUGUGGGGCAAUCAUGGAGGGGGCUGCCCAACAGAUGGAGGUCCUGUGCGUGAACUUCGGAGCAAAGCCUCCCUCUCCUGCUAGACGACCAUUUUUAAAUGGGACCGAAGAGGGAAAAUAGUGAAUUUAUGUUGGGACUGAUUCUCUUUAUUGAUUAAUGCAAUUGAUUAAUGAUCAGGGAAGGGGAAAGGAAGGAGAAACGCCAAGGGGUCUUGGUUCCCCCCCCCAUUUUUUCGAAGGCCUCCUUGGCCUGAAAAAGUCCUGCUUUCAGGGUCCUGGGUCCACGGCGGUGGGGUGGCGGGGACCCUUCUGCCAGACCUCCAUCCUGUUCCACGAAGCAGGUCUCGCGUCUGAAUGGUAAGGAGCGCAGAUGCCACCCCACUGAUGAGCAAGCUUUCUUUGGGUGCCUCUGCCCUGCAUGGUCUUCAACGGCCCGGGAAAGGAAAUGCCCAGGUCCAGAGGCAGCCCUGGGCUGGGCAUUUGUGGAAGUCUUCCUCUCUUCCCCUACUUAGGGGGAGAAACAGAUUUGUGCAGCAGAUGAAGAAAUCUUAACGUGUGUUGAGAUUUUGCAGAAAGAAUGCUGUUUUUUUUUUAAAUGCUUGUUCUGGACAAAGAAAUCAUGCCUCUUGCC